GUGGCUCAGUGGUUCAGUUUCACUUCCGCCUUUAAGAUUGAUAAACUGGAUCAUGAGACUUUUCUUCCGUUACCAGGUUUAAACCGAUGUGUAACAGCGACCGUCCUGGACAUAAAAUUAUAUCCGUUUUCUACUGCUUUCACGCUCACUCAUGGAUAUAUGUGCACCUGUGUCGGUGCUUUAAGAUCUACAUUAUCUGUAACUAGCUUGCUAAUCAGGAAACAGGAACUUGCUAGCUCACCUGGCCAUCUUUAGCUAGCUUACUUUCAUAUUGCUCUAUCGUGUCUCAUACAUCAGCUUGGAGAACUGUCAAGGUUUUCAGUCAUGAACAAGCCUCUGUGUUGGAGAUUGCUCGCUUUUCUUGUACUCAUGGCCACUGGAGCUCAAGCAAGUGACAACACGAAGAAGUGCAAGUUGGUCCAUGAGAGCAUCUCUGAGAGAAACGUGCUCAGUUUCCUGGAGCCACUUGCCAAUCAGAGUUUUACUGCUGAAACCAAAACGGGGAAGGAGAACUACACGUACGUGUUCCAAGUCUGUGGUGAUGCAGAUGGGCUGAAAAAUGCAGGGUUGGUGCAAAGGGACAUGAAAGGCAACCAAGUGCGCAUUGGGAAUUACAAUUCAACACAGGCUGUUAAAGGGAGUGACUGGGUGAUGCUGAUCUACCUGGGUGGGGAUAGAUAUCGUGAACAUUGCUCCAAAGAGCCGAGGAGAGCCAUCAUCAUGAUUUCCUGUGACAGAACUAAGGCUGCGGGACAGCUGACAGUGGUUCAGGAGGACAGAGAGAGGGAUACUGACUGUUUUUACUUGUUCGAGUUGGACUCCAGUGCUGUGUGUCCUGUGAUUGAAUCCAAACUCAGCACUGGAUCCAUACUUCUCAUUAUUUGCAUCUCCUGCUUGUCUGUCUACCUCAUUAGUGGAUUUCUCUACCAGCGAUUGAUCGUUGGAGCAAAAGGAGUUGAACAGUUUCCAAACUAUGGCUUUUGGACAGAAAUAGGCAACUUGUCCGCUGAUGGAUGUGACUUAGUGUGUCGCUCCCGUGGCAGCAGAGAGGAACCUCCCACUUAUAGGGGCGUGUCUACUGAGCCAUCAGAAGAGCCAGAGGAAAGGGAUGACCAUUUGCUUCCAAUGUGAUCAUGGCGUGUGAUUGAGUGAGCUGAGCAUUGGGUUGUCUAGGUGUAGGCCAGGAAGGCUUCUCCAUGUGUCGGUUAUUUAAACAAAGCACUUAUCCUUAUGUAUUUCCUAUAUUGCUCUUAGAUAUUUACAAGUAAAUGCUGUGCUUCAACAAAAUUUUAUGUUUCUCCUUGUAAAUUUGAAAAAUAUACAGCAGAACGGUUGACACCUUUGAUUUGUUCAGGACAAACGUUAGAACUGUCAUUCAUCCAAAAAGAUAAAUAAAUAAUUGUUUAUUUUAGUUUUUUUUUAUAGUAGACAUGUGCUCACAGAUGUCUACGCUUUAUUUGUUAAUUCAAAUCCUAUUCAUGCCCAAAGAAGCCUGCACAAUGUAUCUUUAUGAAUUUACUAAGUGGUUUAUUGUUACUUAUUAGUUACAGUUGAUAUUGAUGAACUGACAAGUUCAUGCUACUGCCCCACUAGGCUUUUGUGACAGCCUCCAUUCUGAUAAAGUGAAUAUGGAUAUAUUGAUUUAGUGGUUACUUCUGCAUUCUGGUGGUGAUGCUGUGUGCCACUGAUGUGGCUGUGAGUGUAAGCCUCAAGGAAAACACUGGAAAGCACACUGUAGUGUUAAAGUAUUCUUGCAAAGAUCACCAUACUCACACCAUACUACUAGUGCAGUGACUUUCAAUGUGAUACACCUUUUUAUAGUAUUACUGAUGACAUAUUCUGAAUAUUUUUGUCAGACUGGCUUGAUGAGCGAAUGGAAUGAUAGCUAAAUUUUACUAAAGGAAGUAUAGAGAGUAAAUACUUUGGGUACUGUAUGUGAUAAUGGAAAUUCUAAGGAUAAUUGUCAUCAAAUGACAAGGCUAAGUCUUUGACUAAUUAAGACUAUGAAUGGAAAUUUGCAGUGGAAUAUUAAAGUGUGUCUGGAAAGCAAACCUAUGUUUUUGCAAGUAUUUGGGGAAUUAUUAAUUCUGCUGUUGUCUGUGUUUUGUUUUGUUUUUCUUUUGAUAUUUGUAGAGAUUUAAAUAGGAACUUGGAGUGGGGUUGUCCACUGCAGAGUAAGAUUGUACUGUGAAAUUUGAAAUGGAAUGAGAUUUGAAACUGAUCUGACCUUAAAAAAGUACUUCCAAAGUUGAAUAACAGUGACUUUAUUUGCACUUGAGCUUAAGUUUAAUGGAAACACGAUGCUUUUUAAAGGAGAUUUAACCAAAUAUUUGCUUAUGUACUUGUGCUGUAGUUUCUAAGAUACAGACUGGGCUGGCUUACCCCUAACUAAAGCACUAGUUGUUAAAAUGCUUCCAACUUAAUAUUUGAGCUCAGUCUGUGUCUAAGAGCCUGGUUCUGUAAUCUCAAAUUCCUAAGACUGAAGGUUUGUUUCAAAUCAGGAUACAAAUUUUUGUAGUAGUCAAAAUCACAAGGUACAACUCAAAAACAAGUUUUGUAAAUUUUAUCAAGUUUAUGAGAGUCUGUUAAUCCAUACUGAAUAUAAACUUCUGACUUUUUAUGGUGUGGGGCAAUUUAGCUUUGCUGGCAGAGGGAGAACAUGAAUAAAGCUUUUGAUGACCA